UACUGACAUUUCUAAACUUCAUAAUCCCAUUUAAUAUAUCUAUAACAAGCGGUGUAAAAACGUGAAAAUAAUUGAAUAUUGUUUUAUUCUAUUAAAAAUAUCUAAUACAAUCAUUAACUGGCACAAACUGCAUAAAGCUAUAAUGGAACAGUGUUAUAAUCGUGGCUGUGGACAAACAUUUGACCCUGAGAAGAAUACUGAUGAAUCAUGUUGCCAUCAUCCGGGAGCACCAUACUUUCAUGACGCCUAUAAGGGCUGGUCAUGUUGUAAAAAAAAAUCUGUAGAUUUUACCGAAUUCCUAAGUAUUAAAGGCUGCACACUUUCGAAACACUCGAAUAUUAAACCUCCAGAGCCUGAAAAGCCAGAAAAGAGGGAAAGUGAUAAAAAUGAAGUUGUGGUAGUGCGUUCGCCUAUAAAGGCGACAAUGCAAAGACCACCAAUUGAGACUCCCAUGACUGUCAUAAGACCAACGAUCGCGCAAGCCCUAAAAGAUGCAAUAGAUUCACUAAAAUUAAAAGCUAGUGGCAUCAGUGAAGAAAACUUCGAAUCUGGUGCCAUUCCUAUCGGUACCUCCUGUAAAAAUAAAGGUUGCACAUACUCUUACACUGGUACUGCAACCGAUAAUGAGGAGUGUGUUUAUCAUCCUGGUGCACCAAUCUUCCAUGAAGGCAUGAAAUACUGGUCGUGUUGUCAACGGAAAACAAGUGACUUCGCUGUAUUUAUAGCACAGAAAGGUUGUGCGUGUGGGGAGCAUAUGUGGUUCAAGGAGGAUCAGGACAGAAAAGUUGUAAUCUGUCGUUAUGAUUGGCAUCAAACUCCUUCCAAUGUCAUAGUUUCAAUAUAUGCUAAAAAGUAUCAUUACCUUUUAAGCAAAAUAGAAGUGAAUCCUAUACGCCUACAUGUUAAUCUUGUAUUUCCUGAGCAGGAAGAUUCACAGUUUGAUUUGGAAUUAGAGCUGCGCGGUAUAAUUGACGUUAAUAAAACAACGGCACACAUGUUUGGUACGAAAGUGGAAAUAACUAUGCCGAAAGCAGAACCAGGCUCAUGGCCAAAAUUAGAUUUUCCACGUAUUAAAUUACCACCCGCAUUGAAGUCAAACGAAGCAAAUGUUACUGCUGCCAACCAAAGUAAAGACUCAGAAUCUGAUGAUGGCUUUAAUCUGGAUGACAUUGAAACAGUUAACACCGGUAUACGACUCACAGAAAUUAGUGACAACAAAAAUGAUUUGGACUAAAAGUGUCUUAUAUGUUUCAAAACCUAUUGCAAAAUGAAAAAAGUUUCUAAAGUGCAUUUUUUCAUAAAAGGAUUCUUAUUAUAACGAUUAUCGUGUUAGCCGCAAAUAAUUUUUUCAAUUGCCGAUACAGGGAAAUAUAAUCUAUUUAAUAAAUGUGUAAGCGACUGUA